AAGCACCAUCAUUUGCCCAUGCUUUUAAACUCUUUAAACCAAUACUGAAUGUUAGGUUUACACUUGCACACCUUCCUUUUCGUUUUUCACUAAUCAUACCACAUUAACUUCUUUAUACAAAGAGAGUUUUAUAAACCAGCUUUCCUCUCCAUUUGCUCUAAUGGCCACUCUUGAAUGAGCCUUUCUUUAUCUCCAGUUUCUGUGUUUGUAAAAGCUUUUAAGUUCUUUUGCUGUAUUGCUUGGAAUUGAUACAUUGAAGAUGCAAAUUUCUGAUCAUAUGCUAAGAUCUUUUACCAUUACUGCAUUAGCUUAUGUUUUCCUUUUACCACUUGUUUCUUGCUCAUCCCAUGGAGAGAUUAUCAGCAAUCACACCAGCAUUAAGGAAAAUUUGCAUAAGACGAGUCCUCAAAUGACAUCUUAUAUCGCUGUUCAUGGCUUUAUCCUCUGGGUUUCCAUGGGGUUCUUAAUGCCUGUUGGUAUACUUACUAUUAGAAUGGCCAACAAAGAGGAAGGUGGUAGAAGGGUUAAAGUUUUAUUCUAUCUUCAUGCAAUAUUUCAGACACUUGCAGUGCUGCUUGUAACUGUUGGAGCUGUAAUGUCCAUAAAGAACUUUGAGAAUUCAUUCAACAACCACCACCAAAGACUAGGUCUGGCUCUUUAUGUUGCCAUUUGGAUGCAAGCUUUGAUUGGAAUUUUCAGGCCUCCUAGAGGAAACAAAAGAAGAAGUAAAUGGUACUUGACACAUUGGAUUCUUGGAACAGUGAUAUCAAUGGUGGGGAUCAUUAACAUCUACACAGGUCUAGAAGCCUACCAUAAGAAAACAUCAAAAAGUACAGGAAUUUGGACCAUACUUUUGACAGCUCAAGUCUCAUUCAUUGCUUUGUUUUACCUCUUCCAAGACAAAUGGGAGCAUAUACAAAAGCAAGCCUCCCACCCACCCCUACCCUCUGAUCAAGAGAAUGUAAUUGUAGUCACUCAAAGGGUUAACCAAAAGGUGAUGUUGCCUCAACCAUGUGCCAAACGUAAUGCACUGACCAAUUUGUUUGACUAACUCUGGAUUCUUUUAAUGCGUUUCAAACUCCCCUCUGUGUCUAUCUAAGUAGUCAAAAAGUUUUCAUACUCCACUUUUUGAUGCCUUUGAUGCUAUAGAGAAAAGCAAACACACACUCCUUGAUGAACAGUUUUGAUGGAGUGUAUAUGCUUCAAAAAGUAGAGUAUGAUCAGGAACUUUGUCUUUUCUUUUUUUAUCAUAGAUAUUCAUUUUUAUUGUGGUGAAAAUUUGGAUUUUUGGGUUGGGGUUUAUAAGAAAAAUGAAAAAAAAAUGGAAAUGGUAUAUAUAUAGUGUGAUUAUGUUUGAGAAAUGUAAUUAACUUUUGUAAAUUUGUUAUACAUGGAUGCUAAUGGAUGUAGGAGUGAAUUAUAAA